GAGUCGUCGUGUCUCAGAGCAGACGGAUGAGAUGGACACUGAAGGAGGACUGCAACAGGUUGGAGUUGUGCAAGUUUCUGCCAACUGAGCUGAUCAUUUCAAGUCUGCAAAUUCAGACAGGGCUAAGUUUAUGUCCCGAAGAAGUCCCAUUUGUCUCGUGUGCAGUUAGAAGUUAUUUGUGCUUUUUUGUGCAACAUCCUUAAAUGUUCAAGUUGUGCAACAAGUGUUUAAAACAACUUACUCGUUCAUAUGUUUAAGUCACAAUGCGCAUGUCGGAUGCUUGAAAUGGAGUAAUCUUAAGCGUUUAGACACAAAAAGGAAAAUAAUACAGCUUAUAAACUUUUCUUCAUUAAGGCAUCACUUCAGUGUCUCUAAACAGUCGUGAGGAAUCCUAAGUUGCUGCAGUAUGGUUUCCAGGGCUCUGCUGCUUGUUGCGCUCGGCGUCUUUGCGCAUCUGGACACUUUUACGCACGGCUGCCAGCUGCCGUCCGAGUGGCGGCCGCUGAGUGAGGGCUGCCGGGCUGAGCUGGCGGAGAUCAUCGUUUAUGCUCGUGUGCUGGGGAUCCACAGGGAGACUCUGAGCGGCGGGGCGCGGAGCAUGUACAACUCACUGCCCUUUGGGUUCGGGUACGGGUACGAGGGCGCAGAGGAAGGAUUACUGUACUCGGCAGAGGUGGAGCUGCUGUGUGACCAGGCUUGGGGCAGCAUGCUGGAGGUGCCGGCAGGAUCCAGGCUCAACCUUACCGGACUGGGCUACCUGUCCUGCCAGUCCCACACCGUGAUGGAGAACUACUCAUACUUCUUUUUUCUCAGGAUGGAUGAGAACUACAACAUCCUCCCACAUGGUGUCAACUUCCAAGAUGCCAUUUUCCUGGACUCAACUGAGAACAGGCGCACAUUUUCCAGCCUCUUUCAGUUCUCCAACUGCACCCAAGGGAGCCAACCCUUCCACACCUUUAGCCCUGAGUGGGACAUCCAGGAGGACAACAGAUUGCUGUGCUCCUCGGUGCAGGCUGCUCUUUUUGAAGAGGAGGACAGAGGCCGAAAACUGCAGGAGCGCCUGGCCGCUGCAGAGAGGAGGAACAGGCAGCUGAAGGAGCGUGUUCGCAAAGUGAAACGCUCCCUGAGGAACGCACGCAAGGCCGCACGCAAGGCCGAGCAGGAGGCGCAGGAGCUGCAGGAGAAACUGAAGGCUGCAGAAAGAAGAGCAGGGCAUCAUCUCAAUGCCAUCUCACAGGAGGAACCUCCACAUGGGAGAUACACAAUUCGCCAACAAAUCAAACUUUAACUUAUCUCACCUGCUUCGACAUAACUGGACUUGGAAACCUUGCUGUUGAGAGUGAGAGACUGCUGGGUGGUCUUUCACAAUUUGACACAUCACACAAUCUUUAUAACUGCUUUAUAAGUAAAUGACUCUCUCGCUUUAAAUCGUAAUCACUACAGUAUGACACAACCUGUAGAGUAAUUUGACAUAAGAUGACAGGUAUCCGUUUUUCAGAGGUGUGUGGCUGUGAUCACAUGUAGCACAUGCUCUAGUGUGAGCAACAGCAGUUACAGACACAGCUGGAGCUUAAUGGGUGUAAGAUGUGACACAAUAUUCUGCGACAUUUGAUUUUUAGAGUUUUCAACCCAAAGUAACGUGAUAUAUUGCUGUAGAUGGAAAUCAACAAAGAGUGCUAUAUUAUUAAUGCAGUACUUCAACUGUCUUCAGUCCAUUUUAUUGAGGAAUAUUUCUUGGUCAAAUUUUGAGCAAAAUGUAAGUGAUGUUAGGGUAAAAUGCUGCGCAAAACUCUUUUACCUAAAAUAGUCUGAUAAAGUAUUUCUCAAAGUAAAUGAUUUCUGGGAAUCUGGGGCCAAUUUCUUGCCCUUCCACAUAUAUAUAUAUAUAUAUGUAUACUCUGAUGUCACAAAUAUGGCAACACCUGCACACACAUGUGUAAAAUAAUGAUUCUAUAAUACAGGGUGUUUGUGCAGGUCUUAAAAGUUUGGAAAUAUGGAAUUUUGAAAUGCUGUUUUCCAGACUCUGAAAGUCUGGAAUUUUGUAUGAAAAUCUUAAUAAAGUAUAGAAAAAAGUUUCUCAGUCAAAUUUUACAAUAUGCUCAAAGGCACAUAAUCUUCUAAGAUAAGGAGCACAUGAGGGAAGCAUAUAAAAACUGGAUAUGAUUUCACUAACCGGUCGGUACUGAAAUGAUUCUAGUGAAACUUGUUUGUGUGAUAUCCAUGCACUUUUCAGAUUUUCAUAUGUUUCGAAAAC